GUAGAGAGAGAGAGGGAGCUGCCAUAAACACAGGGCGUCUGCGCCUUUAAGAGGUGGAAAUCGGAACAAUAAACCGUGCGCGGUGUCAAUGCUCUAACAAUGAAUUUAAUCGACAUGGUCUUCAUAAAACUCUUCUUUUUGUUUUACUGCAUACGGACGGCCGAAGGUGUGUACGGGAACCCCCUGAGCAAGUACGUCCGCCACUAUGAGGGCCUGUCCUACGACACGGAGGCCCUGCACAGCAAGCACCAGCGGGCCAAGAGGGCGGUCUCCCACGAGGACAAGCACGUGCACCUCGACUUCCACUCGCACGGCAGACAUUUCAAUCUGCGGAUGAAGAGGGACACCACCCUGUUUGCGCCUGACUUCAAGCUGGAAAUGUCGGGAGAAGAGACACAUUACGAUACCUCCCACAUUUACACAGGAGAAAUCUUCGGCGAGAAGGGCACCCUGACUCACGGCUCCAUCGUGGACGGCAAGUUCGAGGGCUUCAUCCAAACCCGGCAGGGGACGUACUACGUGGAGCCUGCGGACAGGUACCUGAAGGACAAGGACGUCCCCUACCACUCGGUCAUCUACCACGAGGAUGACAUCAAUUACCCGCACAAGUACGGGCCGGAGGGGGGCUGCGCCGACCACUCUGUGUUCGAGAGGAUGAAGAAGUACCAGGCCUCUGCUGUGGAGGAGCCCGCCAAGGAGACCAAUCAGGUGUUGGAGGAGGAGGAGCGAGCCGAUGGGCCGGUGCUCCUCAGGAAGCGGAGAGCGGCCCAAGCCGACAAGAACACCUGCCAGCUCUUCAUCCAGACCGACCACCUAUUCUACAGAUACUAUGGCACCAGAGAGGCCGUCAUUGCACAGAUCUCCAGUCAUGUGAAAGCCAUCGACUCCAUCUACCAAAGCACCGACUUCCUGGGAAUCCGCAACAUCAGCUUCAUGGUGAAGAGAAUCAGGAUCAACACCACUAACGACGAGAGGGACAAGUCCAACCCCUUCCGUUUCGCCAACAUCGGGGUGGAGAAGUUCCUGGAGCUGAACUCGGAGCAGAACCACGACGACUACUGCCUGGCCUACGUCUUCACCGACCGGGACUUUGACGAUGGCGUGCUGGGCCUGGCCUGGGUGGGCGCCCCUGCAGGGAGCUCUGGUGGCAUCUGUGAGAAGAGCAAGCUGUACUCGGACGGAAAGAAGAAGUCCCUAAACACUGGCAUCAUUACGGUGCAGAACUAUGCCUCCCACGUCCCACCCAAAGUCUCGCACAUCACCUUUGCCCACGAGGUUGGCCACAACUUUGGCUCCCCGCACGACUCCGGGAUAGAGUGCACCCCGGGGGAGUCCAAAAGUCAGGACCUGAAGGAGAAGGGCAACUACAUCAUGUACGCCAGGGCCACGUCCGGGGACAAGCUCAACAACAACAAGUUCUCCGUCUGCAGUGUGCGCAACAUCAGCCAGGUCCUGGAGAAGAAGAGAUUCAACUGCUUCGUCGAGUCCGGCCAGCCCAUCUGUGGAAACGGCCUGGUGGAGACCGGGGAGGAGUGUGACUGCGGCUACAGCGACCAGUGUAAGGACCAGUGCUGCUACGACGCCAACCAGCCCGACGGCAAGAAGUGCAAGCUGAAGCCCUUCAAAGUGUGCAGCCCCAGCCAGGGUCCCUGCUGCACCCCCGAGUGCGGCUACAAGACGCGGAACGAAAAGUGCCGGGAGGAGUCGGAGUGUGCCCACCAGGGCAUGUGCAACGGAGCCUCGGCCCAGUGCCCCACCUCCGAGCCCAAGGCCAACUUCACUGCCUGCCACGGGGAGACGCAAGUGUGCCUCAACGGGGGCUGCUCUGGCUCCAUCUGUGAGAAGUAUGGGCUGGAGGUGUGUACCUGCGCCAGUGUGGACGGCAAGGACGAGACGGAGCUCUGCCAUGUGUGCUGCAUGGAGAGGAUGAAACCCAACACCUGCAGCAGCACCGGCUCAGAGAAGUGGGCCCGCUUCUUCAACAAGAAGGUCACCACGCUGCAGCCCGGCUCGCCCUGCAACGACUUCAAGGGCUACUGCGACGUGUUCAUGAAGUGCCGUCUGGUGGACGCCGACGGGCCGCUGGCCCGGCUCAAGAAGGCCAUCUUCAACCCCGAGCUCUACGAGAACAUCGCCGAGUGGAUAGUGGCUCACUGGUGGGCAGUGCUGUUGAUGGGCAUCGCCCUCAUCAUGCUGAUGGCUGGCUUCAUUAAGAUCUGCAGUGUCCACACCCCCAGCAGCAACCCCAAGCUGCCUCCGCCCAAACCCCUGCCAGGCACCCUGAAGAGGAGGAGACCGCAGCACACCCAGCCCCAGCCCCAGCCCCAGCGCCACCACCGCCAGCCCCGAGAGAACUAUCAGAUGGGCCAGAUGAGACGCUGAGGCCGGCCGCUCUUUGCCUUGGUUCUUCCUAGUGCCUACAGUGGGAAAACUUCACUCCAAAGAAUUACCUGUACCAGUCAUCGCCCCCCCCCCAUACCCCGCCCACCCCGCUCCACCCACAUCCACAAACUGCAACUGGCAAACCAACCGAUUUUAAAGGAUAACAUGGCAGUUAAAAAAAAAGGAAAAAAAGGCGGACACACGCCACAGUUCUGAGCCAGCAAUGAACGCCACAUCUGUGUUUCAACAGCUGUCAGUGGGGGAAGGAAGAGCCACUGGUUUCCAUCGUAGUGCGGUGUCUUUACCUGUUCUGUUUCCCUCCAGACUUUAUUUUCAGGAGUCAGAAGUGGUGUUCUUUCAGCACAUUUCUCCCUAUUAUGUUGUCUUUUGUUCCCUGUUUGAUUUAACCCCCCCCCCCCCAACUCCC